AUGGAGAUCUUGUGGAUAGGGAUUAUGAUAUCGUGUCCUCACGAGUCAGUUAUCCUUUCGUCUAUCCAUAUUGAGCGGAUGAUCUUUGUCAUUUAUAGAAUUCCAGAUGAAGGAAGAGAUUUCAGCAUUUCUGCACCGAUUCCACCGUCUUCUCCAGAACUGUCAAUCACCGUCUCCCUUAAGCAGGCUAGAAUCUCUAACGCAGUUGGUGGUUCCUUUCUGAGCACAAUUCACAUCGGUUGGUGGACAUGUUCGAGUUUAGGGGCUGACGAUUCUUGUUGGCUUAGCAAAGCGCUGAAAUGCUCUCUACAAAGUGGUGCAGUUGCCACGCCACCGGCGAUUCUGUUGGCCGUGUUGAGGCUAGAUGAACACUCCACAUUAUGCCACUAUGCUCUCUUAGUAGAGCAUAAGGACUUCUCCGGUCCUUGCCUCCCAUGCCUUUUCAAACUCCUCUCUUGA